AUGGAAGUGGACCCUUCAAAAGUAGAAGUAAUUGAGAAGCUGCCUCCACCUGUAAAUGUAAGAGGAGUAAGAAGCUUUUUGGGACAUGCUAGAUUCUAUCGCAGGUUCAUUAAAGACUUUUCUAAAAUUGUCAAGCCAUUGAGUGAAUUGUUGAGUAAGGAUGUAGAAUUUGUUUUUUAUGAUAAGUGUUUAAUAGCCUUUAAUACUUUGAAAGAAAAAUUAAUUUCUGCUCCUGUACUUGUUAAACCAGAUUGGGAAUUACCAUUUGAGCUGAUGUGUGAUGCUAGUGAUAUAGCUAUAAGAGCAGUCUUAGGCCAAAGAAAAGACAAGAAACUACAUGUGAUUCAUUAUGCUAGUCAAGUUCUUAACAAUGCACAAAUUAAUUAUACUACUACUGAAAAAGAACUUUUAGCUAUAGUUUUUGCAUUUGAUAAGUUUCGAUUUUACUUAAUAGGGUCCAAGGUUAUACUUUACACUGACCAUGCUGCUCUUAAGUAUCUUUUGUCAAAACAGGAUGCAAAGCCCAGGUUAUUAAGGAGGAUUCUACUUCUCCAAGAAUUUGAGUUAGAGAUCAAACACAAGAAGGGGAAGGAGAAUGGAGUUGCUGACCACUUGUCAAGACUACCACUUGAGGCCAUUCCAUGUGAAGUAGAGCAAAUAAAAGAAGAAUUUCUAGAUGAAAGCCUAUUCAAGAUUGAAUCACAGCCAUGGUUUAGAGUACCAAGAUUUCUGAUAAGUGAUGGAGGUGCUCACUUCUGCAACAAAUACCUUCAAGCAGUAUUAAUGAAGUAUGGUGUGAAGCACAAGGUUGCUACUCCAUACCAUCCACAAACAAGUAGACAAGUGGAAGUGUCAAACAGAGAAAUCAAGCAGAUUUUGGAGAAAGUAGUGAGUAGUUCAAGAAAAGACUGGUCAAAGAAACUAGAUGACUCCCUAUGGGCAUACAGGACUACUUUCAAAACUCCAAUUGGUAUGUCACCAUAUCAAUUAGUCUUUGGAAUGGCAUGUCACUUACCUUUGGAGUUGGAGCAUAGAGCUUAUUGGACUACUAAGUGGCUGAACUUUGAUUUACCCAGUGCUGGAAAGAAGAGAAUUCUGCAAUUACAUGAAUUGGAAGAGUUUAGACAGCAAGCCUAUGAGAAUGCAAAGUUGUACAAAGAGAGAACCAAGAGAAUUCAUGACAAAUUCAUUCUGCAAAGAGAAUUCAGACCUGGACAGCAAGUGCUGUUGUUUAAUUCCAGAUUGAAACUUUUCCAGGGAAACUUAGAUCAAGAUGGUCUAGGCCUUUUCUGA